GGAACGCAGCGGCAGCGCCGGCGAUGCGGAUCGUCGCGUUGGAUCGUUUCGUAUAUUUACAAUUAUUAUUGCCGAAAGUGAAUCUUGCAUGAAAAAAUUCAAAGAGAUCGAUCUCCGUGGGGCUGUGAACGUUUGUUACAUACUAAAUAUCGUUUGGGUAGAAUCGCGAUUGAGAGAAGCAGCGUGAAGUUGCGCGUCUUUUUAAACGGUUCACGGAACGGUGAGUCAGUAAUGGCCGCGAUUUCUGACGGUGCGUUUGGGUAGAAUUUCUACCGCGAAUUGUUUAAGAAGUUCUCACGAUGCAAAUUGCACUGCGCGUUUUACUCAACCUCCGUAAUGUGCCACGUUAGAUAACGAACAACAAUGGCAGUUACUACUGAUUCUGUGAUAUAUUUGUGCCUCGUCGCGGUUCUCUGGGGAGCAACCAAUCCAUUUAUAAAACGGGGUGCUCGAGGUUUGGAGGAUGUCAAGGCUUCGUCUGCUUCUCGACGAUUGAUCAAGGAACUCGUAUUUCUUGUAACCAAGUUAGAGUACAUCCUGCCAUUUAUUCUGAACCAAUGCGGGUCGGUGCUGUAUUUCCUGACUCUCCAGAGUACUGAUAUAUCCUUGGCUGUGCCAGUUUCAAAUUCCCUUACCUUCGUAUUUACGGCAAUCACAGGCUGGUUCCUGGGCGAGGAAAAAGUACACAGAAACACGUAUUUGGGAAUGAUACUUGUACUGUGCGGAACGACAUUGUGUUGCUGGGAUAAGCUGAAUAAAACUGUGGAGUCGUGAUUCGUACA